GCUAAAUUACGAGAAUCGGAUUGAAAAUAUUCUUAGCGACUCUAGCGGUUGAGCUUUGAACUACAAAUAUUUCCGACAUGCUGCAAAAUUUUUUCCCGUCGAAAGUAUAUUUUCUUUGUAUUUAAUCUGUAUCUGCGAAGUUCGCAAUUUUGUACAAAGAAUAAAUUAAAUAGAAUUAAUCGGAAAAGUCGAUGAUUUGAGAUUAUUAAAAAAAUUGUGUGUAUUGUUGAUCGUAUCGCGGUGUAAAUAGUACAUUUUUGAAAAAAUUCCACUUCCGAGUGUUCAUUAAUAAUUUGAUAAUUGCCGAUACUCGAAUAGUUCGCUGUAGUUUUAUUGUUUCGUUCGUUUAACAACCUACUUUUGAAAAUGAACUUUCAUUUUAAUUAUAGUUGAAGAAUGUCGUCUUUUUUACCGUUUUCACAUCCUACAAUAAUUAAAAAAUUGAUAGGAUGGAAAAAAAUUGAAGGCGAAGAUAAAUAUUGCGAUAAAUACAUUAAAAAUUUGGUGCGAAGAUUGAAGAAAGGUAACGCUACGGAUGAACUGUUGAAAGCAUUAGCUAACCAGGACCCUAACACCAAGUGUGUUACUAUACCUAAUGCUUGUAACGAUAAGGCAGAUAACAUACAAGGAGUUCGAUCAAAAAACUUGCCUCACUUGGUUGCCUGUCGAAUUUGGCGUUGGCCUCAUUUGCAGUCCUAUACUGACUUACAGUCAUCUGACAACUGUAACUUUGGUUUCUCAUUGAAACGUGAUUCAGUUUGUAUCAACCCAUAUCAUUACAAGCUGGGUUCCAAUUCGAAUUUACCUCCUAUCUUGGUUCCUCGAACCCAGGCCAUUGACGAAGCGUCUAUGUUGUGCGAUAUCCAGCCUCACCAAGCCGAUAUCCCAGCAGCCGAAAACAUCUCGGCUCCAGCAUCACAACCGCCUCCAAAUACUCUUGUCGCCGUUUCACCGUAUACGUCAAUGGAUUCACCUACUACUCCUCCGGGGUACAUGUCAGAAGACGGAGAUAAUAACGAUAACCUUAGUUUAAGUCCAAGCCCAGCCAGCGAUGCACAGCCUGUUAUGUACUGCGAACCUGUAUUUUGGUGCAGUAUCAGUUACUACGAAAUGAAUACUAGAGUUGGUGAAACGUUUCAUGCAUCACAACCGUCUAUAUCAGUGGAUGGAUUUACCGAUCCCAGUAACUCAGAAAGAUUUUGCCUCGGUUUACUUUCAAAUGUUAACCGACACGCUGUAGUGGAACAGAUAAGAAGGCACAUUGGUAAAGGAGUCAGAUUAUAUUACAUCGGCGGUGAAGUAUUUGCCGAAUGCCUCAGUGACUCAAGUAUUUUCGUUCAGUCGCCUAAUUGUAAUCAACGAUAUGGUUGGCACCCUGCUACCGUUUGUAAAAUACCUCCAGGUUGCAAUUUAAAAAUAUUUAAUAAUCAAGAAUUCGCGGCGCUUUUGUCUCAAUCCGUUAGUCAAGGAUUUGAAGCGGUUUACCAAUUAACUAGAAUGUGUACAAUCAGGAUGUCAUUUGUGAAAGGAUGGGGUGCUGAAUACAGGAGACAAACGGUUACAUCGACACCGUGUUGGAUCGAAUUGCAUUUAAAUGGACCACUACAAUGGUUAGACAGAGUUCUAACCCAAAUGGGUUCUCCUCGUCUACCUUGUAGCUCGAUGUCGUAAAUUUUUUCCGAAGCAUUUUUUUUUCUUUUUUUUUUAUAUAAGUUGUCGGAAAUAAGCAAUCGAAAAAUUGAUAAACUAAACCUAUUUUUAAUUCUUCGAAAUAAUGUACAAAUUAUUUUUUAAAAAUAAACUUUCAACUUGUUACUUACUCAUGACAAGUUUUACCUUUUAACAUGAUUCAGGAUUGUUAGCUUUUUAGUGAUAAGUACGGAUAUGGUUUUUUGUAGAAGAGCUGCGAUAAUUUUGUACGAAGUUUUUUUCCCCUUUCGUUUUUGAAUUUUGAAUCAAAAUGGGUAGUUUUUUGUAUAUUUGCCAAUGGAUUGCCUUAAGUGACCGUAACGUGAUAAAUUGUUUUAAAUUUUUCAAAUGUUACUCUUCUUUUUUCUUUCAUUUUUGGAAUAGCGUGCUAAAGUAGUUCUGCUCAUCGAAUCAUGAUUCGAUGAUUCGAAGUUAUUUUUAUAUGAUUUAUUUUUUAUAUGUGUUUUCUUCUUUUUUCGUAACAUUUUUUUCUUAAAAGUUUGUUAUAAUCGAUAAUGAUUUUUUUUGUGUAUUUUUUGUUUUAAUUUUAGCUCUCAGAUACCCCCUUUUUUCUCUUUUCUCUCUUUUUGUUUUAUAUAGGUAGUAUUAUAAAGCUAUGUGUAGGUAUGAAGCUUUAAAACUCUUACGAUGAAUUUUUUUUUAUUCGAUUUACGGUUUUAUGGUAAAUAAUAACAGUUACCUUACAUGUUGAACGUUGAUUAAAUCUAAUUUUAAUGUGUUAUUUUUGUUUUUGUUUUUUUUUUCUUCUUGUCAUUGUUUUUUCUUUUUCUUAAUUUUCUUCAUUCAAAUAAUUUGAAUUUUUUCAAAAAAUAUUUGUAAUACUAAGAGUAUAAUUUAUAGGCGUUUCUUAUAAUAUAACAAAAUGUUUUUGAUCAAAUUUUGACCCCAUUUUUCCCUUCUCUUUUCUAAUAUUUGAAAUAAUUUCUUUAUUUUAAUCGGAAUGAAAUUCUGUUACAAUUGAAAACAUUUGUCGAACAAUUAGUUCUUACUUUAAAACGAAACAUGCAUUCAGAUUAUUUGUAUUUUAUAAUUUUAUAAUUAUUUUUAUUACCAAGUUAUCGUAUUAAGUAUUUUUAUAAAUUUUACUUUCGGUAUCUUAAUCAUCAUCGUAAAUGUUACUUUCGAAAGUAAUUUUGAAAAAUUCAAAAGUAGUGUUUUAUUUACUUGUAAUGGCGUUAUUAUUAAUUCUUUUGGAAAGAGAUCGUAGUUUCUAAUCUGAAGGAAUAUUUUUGACAUUUCAAAAAAAACAAAAAAGAAAUACUUUCAAAGGAUUAUGUCUUUAAGUACAACUUGUUUCCACCAUUGGUGUAUAUGUUAUACUCUAAUUUUAAUAUAUAUACUUUUUUUUUGUUUUAAUUCUGAAAAUGUACAAGUUUAUUUUUUAAUAAGUUUAGUAGUUUUUUACGAUUUAUUGUUAUUUUUUCGCAAUGUUUAGCAUUAAGUACAUGUUUUUAAAAGUAAUAUUAACCGUAAUUUAAUGAGAUGAAAUGAAACGAAUAACAUAAUCGUGUAAUAAUGGCAGUUAAGUUUAAUUUUCUCUUUCUUUCUUCUCCUCUUUUGUUUCUCUCUUUUGUAAGACCCUGCUCGUAUGUAAUUAUGCAUAAUAUAUGCAUUAUUGCAAAAGUAGAAACGAGUAUUCUAAAAUUUUCGUGCUUGAAGUAUUUUUACUUCGGUACUUCAGCAGUACAUUUUGAUAGUUUUUAAGUAGCUGUCAUUAUGAAAAGGACGAGUUAAAUGUGUAUAAUAUUCGAAGUGAUAUUGUUAUCAGUUGAUUUGAAAGAAUUAUUGUAUUAACAUUUUUCAUGAAU